ACUCCUAUUUUACUUUCCUAUUUUCUUUCAUCAAAAUUAGUAAUAAUUAAUUUAUUUAUAUCAGAUUACACGGCGGAAGAAAGGUCCCAUAAAAAGUCUCUUCUACCAAACCUGUUCAACCAAACGACCAAAAUCACUGUUCUGUCUUCCAUUCCCAAUUUCCCAAUUUCCCAAAUCUUCAUAUAACCUAAUUCAACCCCAAUCUUUUCUCAAGAUUAGGUCACAGAACAACGUUUUCUCGGAUUCCUUAUUGUUCCAACGACAUGGAUACUGUGCCCGAUCAAGCCACUAGUAUAUGCCCUCACUGUGAUCGGGCUAUUCCUGCUGCGAAUAUUGAUUUGCAUUCUGUUCAUUGCUUAAGGAACCUUGAAAAGUGUAAGGUUUGUGGUGAUAUGGUGCCGAAACAACAUGCUGAGGAUCACUACUUAAACACCCAUGCGCCGGUUGCUUGUUCAUUGUGCAGUGAAACAAUGGGGCGUGAUAUUUUAGAUAUCCAUAAAGGUGAAAAAUGCCCUCAAAGGAUUGUCACCUGUGAGUUCUGUGAGUUUCCAUUGCCAGCAAUUGAUCUGGCAGAGCAUCAGGAAGUAUGUGGGAAUCGAACAGAGAUGUGUUACCUUUGUAACAAAUAUGUUAGACUACGUGAAAGAUACAUUCAUGAAGUUGAUUGCAACAGACUUGAAGCCAAUGCUGCAGGAUCUUCAAGGGAUGAGAGGCCAACUGAAAGAGAUGAAAGUGCUCCAAGAAGGCAGCAGAACGAAUUCUCAAAAAGCCGUCUUCUUAUCACAAUAGCAAUAACUGGUAUUGCUGUUAUACUCGGAUCUAUUUUUUAUCCGAGAAAGGUAGAGGACAGUAAUGUGCAUUAGCGGCGGAGGCAAAAACAUGUUAUGUUAAUUUAAAUUGUCUUAUCUGUAUAAUUUAUUCGCAGACAACAGAAGUACUUUACUACUAGGAGUACAUUAAAACACACCGGCAUUGAGUCAAGUGGUUAUGUACUAUUUUCCUGGGUUCUGCAUUCAUUCAUUAUAAAGAUUGACAUUCCUUGUUUAUAUAAUUAUAUCUUUCAGUUACUGUUGGAGAAUAAAACAAGGAAGUUGUAUAC